UCUCUGUUUUUUUCCCUCUUUCAUUCAUCAAUGGCUGCAGAAGGAAUUAAAAAAGUGCCAAGAAUGAAGAUGGGCUCACAAGGCCUUGAAGUAUCAGCUCAAGGGCUGGGCUGUAUGGGUAUGUCUGCAUUUUAUGGGCCCCCAAAACCUGAUGAUGAAAUGAUCAAACUUAUUCACCAUUCCAUUAAUUCUGGUAUCACUUUUCUUGAUACUUCAGAUAUAUAUGGGCCUUACACAAAUGAAAUUCUCAUAGGGAAGGCUUUGAAGGGAGAGACGAGAGAACGAGUUGAGUUGGCAACAAAGUUUGGAAUUAAUGCUUCUGCAGAUGGAAAAAUAGAAAUAAUUGGAGAUCCCUGCUAUGUUAGAGCUUCAUGUGAAGCCAGCUUAAAGCGACUUGAUGUUAACUGCAUCGAUUUAUACUAUCAACAUCGGAUCGAUACACGUGUGCCAAUUGAAAUCACAAUGGGAGAACUUAAGAAGCUAGUCGAAGAGGGUAAAAUAAGAUACAUAGGUCUCUCUGAGGCUUCAGGCUCGACGAUCAGGAGAGCACACGAAGUUCAUCCAAUAACAGCAGUACAGUUAGAAUGGUCCCUAUGGUCGAGAGAUGUAGAGGAAGAAAUAAUUCCUAUUUGCAGGGAGCUUGGAAUUGGAAUUGUAGCAUAUAGUCCCUUAGGUAAAGGGUUUUUGUCAUCAGGUCCAAAGCUGCUCGAGGAUCUGUCAAAUGAAGACUUUCGGAAGCAUAUACCAAGGUUUCAAGCUGAGAAUCUCGAGCAUAACAAGAUCUUAUACAAGAGAAUUUGUCAAAUGGCAACGAAGAAGGGAUGUACGCCAUCUCAACUAGCCUUAGCCUGGGUACAUCACCAAGGAAAUGACGUGUUCCCCAUCCCAGGUACUACUAAGAUCAAAAACCUCGAACAGAACAUCGAAGCUCUGUACAUUAAGUUAACAAAUGAAGACAUGGUGGAGCUUGAAUCCAUUGCUUCAGCUGAUGCAGUGAAAGGUGAAAGAGAUGCUUCUAGUGCAAGUACUUAUAAAAACUCUGAUACUCCACUUUUGUCAACUUGGAAUGCUGCGCGAUAAAAUUUCGCGUAGUUUCUUAGUUAAGGUGUCUUGAUAUAUACUCGUGUUGAAAAUAGUUAACUUAAAUGUUAAAAUUAUAUAGAUGAUUUAGCAUCUAUGUUUAUUUGUAUUUUGUGUUAGUGAAAUGUGAGUCUUUUUGUAAGUCA